GAUGGAACUACUGGGUAUACUGACGAUGGUCGUGAAAUAUUUGACGAGGAUUUGGAUAAAAAGCCAGCAACUGGAGGUAAAUAUAACAGUAAAUACUGUACUGUAAGUACUACUCUGUACACUAGUACAACAUUCAAAACCUCAACUGUCACUCUUUUUGUUUAUUUGUCUCCCAUACAUACAGGGCGCGAAAUAACAGCCGGUCAACGGACAAUGUCCGGCCAGAAUGCAGAGUUGUCCGGUCAAAUUCUUGCCUUGCCGGUCAUUUUGACCAGGGCCGCAGAGAGGGGGGGCAGGGGGGGGGGCGGGGGCAAAUUGCCCCGGGCCCCGAGUUGCUGGGGGCCCCUGAAAAAUUUUUGUUGGGCCCCAGCCUUUUUUGUGUGUUAAAUAUUUCCGCGCAAAGGACAAGAGAUCUGUUUUUUUUGGUCUAAGCACCGAAUUUUGGCAUGAAAAAAUGAGAUAAAGUCCCUCGAAAGCAAUUGCAACGUACUCGUCCGGAAAAAUUUUGUACUCCGGAAAAAAAUUUUGACCCCUAAAAUGGUACACUGACCGAAAAUUUUUUGGCGACGUGGGGGAGGUUGUUCUCCGGGAAAAAAUUUUUCCGGGAAAAAAUUUUUUGAUAGGGGCCCCUAAAAAAAAAUUUGCCCCGGGCCCCCGCCAACCUCUCGGCGGCCCUGAUUUUGACCCGUCACUUUCGGUAAAAGAACAAACUAAUAUUUUCUUUAAAGCUUUGCAUGGCAUUCAGGCAAAAAAAACCCAUGUGGGUUUCCUAUUUCUUCUUAUAGAAACUUAGGUAGGACUAGGGUAGGUCUGUUUUAACUUUUUUUUAAAUUUUCCUAACAACCGGACGCCAUUUUGUUUAGUCAGUGCUUCCACAUCCAAAGAUAUAUUUCCCUAAUAUUGCCUCAAAUUUCAAUUUUCCACAAACGUUUUCCUCGAAGUGGAAACACUUACAAGCAUGAUGCAAUAAAAAAGUUUAGGGUCGGGAUUUCGACGUCCAAAAGCUAGGUAGGGUCGGGAAACCGGAAACCCACAUUCUUUUUUUGGCCUCAGUAAAAAUAAGGAACAAUUUUACUGACAUAAUCUAAUGACAGUUUGGUUUACUGACGCAAUAAUUGAUUUACUGACGUAAUCUAAUGUUCACUUUUUCUCCGAAGACGGUCCGAGUAUACAUGGGCCGAAAGCUCCGAAACAAAAAUUACAGUAAAUGCAUGCUGUAACCACAAACUGUUCCUUAUUUUUAAACUAAUCUUUACUUGACUUUAUUUUACAUACGUCAGAACUACAGUACAUGAAACUCCGCGACUUCACUAACUACAGCUGUUACAAGGGAGUUUAAGAUCUUGACGACGAACUACUGAUUACGGUUUAUUGAAAGUUGUUUUUGUUAUAUGUAUGCAAAUACUAAAUGCUUGUCAUAACCGAUUUAUCCCAAAUAUGUUUUAUGUGCAUGGCUUUGUGUUCGGUAAGUUUCAUCUUUUAAGGCUGAUUUCCACUGUUGCGUUUUUCGUACGCACGCGCACGCACAUAAAACUUUGAAUCCUUCUAUUUUUUAAAUAUUUUACAAAUAAGUUAAAUGCAUACUAAAACUUGCGGAACACUAAAUUCUGUUGCUUUAUUUAUUUGGUUAUUUCAUAAGUAACAUUUAACGGAUUUAAAGUUUUACGUGCGUAUACGUACAGUACGUGUAUGAAAAACGCAACAGUGGAAAUCAGCCUUUAAUUUUCAUCAUUUCUUUAUAAAAAAUACUCUCCAACCUGCAACGUUGCGUACUCAGUUCCGGUGCUUAGUAUGUUCUUGAUUCUGUUUUACUGUUUUACAACACAAGAAUGUGAUUUUUACGCUUUAGCCAAGGUCGCUACGGUGAAAAGUAUGCUCUGGGGAUAUGUAAAUUUUGUCUGCCUUUGUUAAAGCAAUGCGAAAACAAGCUUUCAACCGUAAUCCGUACCCGUUCUUCGUUGUCGGCAUCUUAAACUCCCUACGAACUCGAAUGUGUGGACACACAAUGUCACUAAGAAAGAAUAAAGAAAAAAAUAUGAUUUUGAUUACGUUCUGUUCGUGCACACGAAGCUGUUUGAAUUUGUUGACGGUUCUCAAAUUAAAGAGCGUCACGUAAGUCCGAGAAACUUUCAGAGAAUGAGAUCUGAGCAGCUUCAGUUAAUACGUAAUAAAUAAAGAGAAAAACUGUAUAAAAUUAAACACUGACUAAGUCUAAAAUAAAGUUCAAAAUAGUGGCCGUUUGUGUUGGAACAAGCAAGCACGCCAAAGCUCACAGACCUUACUAAUUAAUGGACGUAUUCCCUAAUGAACAAAAUUUUGAACUAGACAAGUCUAGAGAAAAAUUUCAUCACAGCUUGAAAGAGCAUCACGCUUCGUUGCGAAAUGUUGUAAAAUGCGGAUAAUAUAGCCCUGUGAAGUUUGCCGUUUUCAGUCAUUUUGUAUUACGCACGGAAAAUUGAUACCUUUUUUCAGAAAGCGGUAUCAAUUUCCCGUGCGUAAUACAAAAUGACUGAAAAACGGCAAACUUCGCAGGGCUAUAUUAUCCGCAUUUUACAACAUGUCGCAACGAAACUUCGGAAUAUUACUAAUUUUGUGAUACUCUUUCAAGCUGUGAUGAAAUUUUUCUCUAGACUUGUCUAGAUCAAAAUUUUGUUCAUUAGGGAAUAGGUCCAUUGUAAGGGUUUAUGACACAGGCUACCAUGUUACUAGAUCUAUUCUCUAUUUAGUAGUUGCAUCUCGAACGAAAAAUAGCACUUCGUAUUGUACAAAUUUAAAAAACUCGCGUCUUUUUAUUGUUGUGAACGAAAUGCAAGCGGGAGCCGCCAAUGCGAGAUAGAAAGUUUUCUAUUCAUUUUGAGAAAAAGGAUCGCGAACCGAAAUUGGCAUUUCUCAUUUGCUUCCAUGCACGGUGACCAAUGACCAUAUCUCAAAAUUUCCAUAUCUCAAAUCUUCACAUGUUCGGAUUUUGACGGGAGUUUCGCACCUCCUGAGAUUUUUUUCACCUUCCCUGAAAAGUCAUGCACAUUUUAAACGUGGGAACUAUAAUGAAGCCUUAAAGCUAGUGAGUGUGUAUAUGUUUCAACUGAUCGUAAUGUUUCAUUUGUAGCUCCAAAAAGAGGGCAGAAAAAGAAAAUCGUAAGUGCAUACAUAACUAUAAUGAUAACAAAGACAAAGUACAGUGCACAGUCCUUGUUAAACCCAUUUAGGUGUCUUUCCAAAUGUUUACAGUAUAACAUGUUUAGCAUCUAUUUUAUUUGACCAUGAUUGUAGAAUGUGAAGAAGCCUACUGCUCAGCCAAAAACCAUCAAGAGUAUGUUCCUCAUGGGAUCAAAAUCAACCAAGUCUGACCAGGCGAGUGUUUUAAAGUUGUUUACUUUAAAUUAAGUAAUUAACGGGAAGUGAUAACAGGCUAUUGCCCAUUUGAUACGGAUAGGGGAUCCCAGGUACUGUACCUUCGAUUUUAACGUCCUAACCCGAAAAUCUAACCAUUUACUGAUGUCAAUGCAGAGGUAGCACUUUCUCCUCAAUUAUUUUAAGACCUUGAGUAGAGGUCCGACCAAGGAUUUUGAACCCACGACACCACACAUGCUGGUCGACUUUGUUGUAUCGAUCGUCAGACAUUCGGCAAAUUAUUGAAUCCCAGUCGGGGAAUUGUUUUCGUAGUCGGCAAAACUUGAAUUGGAUAGGAAGGGAAAAAACUGAAAAUAUAUGAGUUACACUGAUUAGAAAUUAAUAUUUAAUACCAAAAAUUUUACGGUACGUUGAACAGAAAGGAGAAGAGAAUAAAUGUCCCCAACAUUACCAUUAUUUGAGAUGGCCGAAUCUGCAUGUUCGCCGUUCUGUUACGUUUUACAUUAUCUUCUGUUUGUAAAGUUUUACAGUGCUUUUUAUCACGUACAGUAUAUGCCUGACUGGACAGUUGCUGUAGCACAGUACAGUAAAUUUGGUUGUUUAAGUACAGUAGUGGUAUAUUCGAAAAUAUGGCUGUAUAACAACCUCGACAUGUCUACAGACAUAUUUAACCAUGACAUUCAACUACAGGUAAAGUAUUCUGAAUAUUUUGUAUUCAGAAUUAAUUAAUUAAAUCGUUUCAAGAAAUCGACACGCGCUAAAGGUAGAAGUUCCGGUAAUCACUACUCGAAAAGCAGACAAAGUUUGGUCAAGCAGAUUUUUUAAGGUGUUGCUGGACACCACUAUAGGUGGGGUGCGCACCCCCUAGUACGGAACUUCCAGCCGAAAUAACAUACAGUAUAUAUAUUUAUUUUUUCCGGUCCGUAACGUAAAUUAAGCGUUCUGAUUGGUUGACGAGAGGUCCGUAUCACACAAUACGGACCUCGCGCGUUUCGCGCCAAAACAAACCGAGGAGUGAAGACACUUUACAGUACUGCCAAGAAAUAACUUGUCCCCGCGUCUGCCCGCGUCCUGCCUCCAGAGCGCCCGCGUCUUGCGUCCACUCUGCCCGCGUCCUGCCUCCAGAGCGCCCGCGUCCGGCCUCCACGACGCCCGCGUCUUGCGUCUGCUCUGCCCGCGUCCUGCCUCCAAAGCGCCCGCGUCCGGCCUCUAGUUAAAAACUGCGUCCGCUUGGACGCAGUCGUCGUAACAUAAUCGGAAAAACGAACUAAUAUUUGCAUCAUACUCGUAGUUUGUCGUGAGAAUACAGAUCAGUGUCACUGAUCGGAGAAGCAAAGAAUAAAAAGUUGAAUCCGAAAUCGAGUUUCAUUUAACCUAAGCGUUACACUUAGUAUAACCAUUUUAUAAUGUUAUACGUUAUACUACAGUAAGCGUAGUGCUUUCACAAUGCAAUCAGACGUAAUUGAGUCGCGAUUGAAGCGUAUAUGACUGUAUAUUGGAGCGUAAAAUAGACAUAAACUAUAUAUUAAUAUAAUGUAGCCACAUAUACUAAACUCAGUGAGAUCACGACUACAACGAGUAUAUAUCUCGCAACACAUUCAUUUGCUACUCAAAUUCAGACUUACCUCGUAGAAGAUUGCUGAUUAGUUGAUAUGCAAUUCUGUAUUUGAAUGUUAUGUCUCCGUAACUCGUCAGUAUAUUAAAACGAAGAUGCUCAUUUACAAUAUACAUAGUGCUUUUGAUUUUUCAUAUAAAAUACCAUUACUACGAGCCACUAUAUAAUUUUAUUUCCAGCAACAAGUUUGUGUUGUUUUUCCAAAGCAGUAAAUGCACAUGGUGAUAUGUCAUAUAAAUUGAUAAUUACCAUAUAAUUUCUGGAUAAAUGACUUCUCUUAAUCCCUUAAUGGAAUACCUUUACAUGUCCAGGAAACAGUCUUUGUGUUUCAACACGGUUCAAUGACUGUGACUCAUCGCUUGAUUUUCAAAGUUGCAGUAUAAUUCGCUAAAGCUGAAGUGAAGAGCUCAGACUAACAUCACUCGAUCCGUAUUACUAUCAGACUAAUGAAAUGAGGUAUAGAUCGCUAACUUGUCAACCAAAACGUAUUUUGGGUUUCUUCGAAGAAGAUAUAAAACCAUACGUGCAUUUUGCCAACCGGCAACGUUAAAAGAUUACUGGGUUUAAACCAAACGUUAUACGAAGGUGCGAAAGUAGAGAUCAAAUACGAAAAGGAACUUUACGAAGCACAAAUUCUGAAAAUUCACGGUAAGUUUAAUGUUAGAAAUAUAAAUAUCUAGGAUUCUAGGUCUGCAACGCUUGUGUAUAAGCAUAAAACGUGGUGUGAAAUCGCUAACAUGAAUAUUUUCCGACGCCCACGGUUUGUUUAUGAAAAGCGAAACGCGAUAAUUUCCGACGAUCUACGAAUAGAACUCUUUCUCAGCUGCGUCCUCGCCCGCAGACGCAAAGCGGACGCAUGGCGCCCGCACAGUGGACGCACCCGCAAGCGCCCGCAGACGCACAGUGGACGCACGAUGGACGCACGGCGCCCGCAGGACGGACGCACCCGCGGGCGCCCGUGGACGCACAGUGGACGCAAGAUGCCCGCGUCUUGGACGCGGUUUUUGAUAAGUUAUUUCUUGGCAGUACUGAUCAAAAAAGUUGAAAAAUCCUGCCUAUGGAUACUAAAGAUAAAAAAUAAGCUGAAGCGAUUCAAUAGAUUUAUUGUCAAGCCCGAAAUGUUCUUUUUUCCGACCUAAAUGAAAAAAACCCCAAGUAUUUCUUUGACGUACAGUAUAGGUAUCGAAAUAUCAGUGCUAAAUGUUUAGUUCCAAAUGCUCAGCAUAUAUUCAGCUAUACUUCGAAAAAUAUACGUUAAAAUAUAAAUGCUGGAACGAAGGACUUGUACUCAAGCAUAAAAUUUAAAAAAAAAUACUUUAAAACGGCAGUUUUUAUACAUGAUUUCUAGAAUUAUUUCAGUCAUAUAUUUUUGUAAAUGUUGUCAUGAACACAAUGUUUUCGGCAAGUACAAUUUGUUGUUGCGUGUCGAAAGAACAUUUAAUGAUUAGGAAAAUAAAUAGUUUUAAUCGCUUUACCUUUUUAUUGACUUGUUGAGUAGAAAGGCAUCUAUUGCAUAAAAAAUAAAGGCUUUUUAUCUUGUCGUUUCAUGCCAUGCAUGCUUGGAUUAAAGCACUGGAUUAAAGUAACAGACACAACUGAUCUCAAAUGUAGUUCGCAACACUGGAGUUUUUAGGAAUUCAAUUAAGCAUCGAGCAAAAAAUAAAUACGUUAUUUACCGUUGAGGUUGGUCCGUUCUUGAAAAAUAUUUUCCCUCCGUCUCAGACCUCGGGAAAAUAUUUUGCAGUACGGACCUCCCAGUCGGUAAAUGACAUAUAUAUUUUGCUAAUUUGCUAUCUAAUACAUAUAUGUUGUUUUCGUAUAUAUAGAAUAAAAAUGUGAACAUUGAAGAUGAUGAGUUACUUAAUGGUAUCCUGGAAGACAUGAACGUGCCGGUAAGAUGGCGAAGUUUCUAUCAAUGUACAGUAUCAAUUAUAUAUGUUUGGCACAAUUUACCAAUUUCUUUUUUCUAGAAACCUGUUAUCAAGACCCCAGCUAAGGGACCUAUCAGACAGGGUGGCAGGUACAUAAAUUUUAAGCCAGUUACAGUCGAGCAAGUUUUCUUAUGACAGGUUUUCGUAUGACGAGUUGUAAUUUUGCUCUUCUGUAUACGCAACUUUGCCAAAUUUUAGUAUGACAAAUACACUUGCUAGUAUGUUAAAAACUGGUAUGCUUUUCGUCUAUAUAUAUAUAUAUAUAUAGGCAACUUUGCUAAAGCUAGUAUGCUAGCCUUUGAACAAGUGCGCAAAGUACAAAUUUUGUUCAUCUGUAUGGGUCAACAAAUUUGAGCACUUGCAUGCGGUUGAUUGACCGAUAAUCGGUAUCUGCAUCGGGCUGAUUUUUGCCUCAUCGGUAGACAAUCGGAAUCGAUAGAAUUAUCUAUAUUUCCGAUUGUCUAAAACCGAUUGUUGAGAAAAUACACACUUUAAAAAUUAUAUGCAUUGCACGUUGACACACGUUGCGUUUUAAUGCAAUAUGUUAAAUUAAUGCAUGAAGCGUGCCAUUUAUUAGUGGUUUUAACGAUCUUUGGUUGCAGUAACAUGUUACGUUGGAAAUUAUCGUUAAUAAUCGACAUGAAUGAUGUCACCUUAACUCGGUCGACUGAUAUUAUGACGUCAUUAUGAAAUCGCGAAAUCUGGCAGAUUACACGUUGGCUUGAAGAUAUGACUUUUAUCUUCUCGUGUUAAAAACAAUAUUUUACUCACUCGCUGCGCUCGUUCGUAUAAUAUUGUUUUCACCACUCGAAGAUAAAAGGUCAUAUCUUCGCGCCGCCGUGUAAUUUCCUCUAUUUACCAAAUUACUGGAAGCAUGCAAUAUCGUGGGCAUUGUGUUGUUUAAUAUGUCACACCAAGUGAUCAUCAUUCAUCAGUAGUAUUGUUUACAUAACAGAAUGCACUAUUUUUUAAGGGCCGCUUACAGUAUGUGUGAGUGCUGAACACUGACACCCCCUGUCCUACCAGCUCAUAGCUGUAGAAGGUUUUGAUCUGCUUCAGCUUGUUUUCGUGACGAAAUGCCAUCGUCCAUAAUAUAUCUGGACUAUAUAUUCAAACAUUUUAUGAUAAAAGUUCGCGAUGAAGAAUUUAUUGUACUGUACCAUCCUGAGUCCUGACAUCGUUUUCAAUUAUUCCUUGUUUUAAUUAGUGUAUUGUAGUAUUUUAGAAAAAUGCCUUUAUGUGUUUCAAAAAAAGACUUUCUAUAUUAGUUCUGCUUAUUUCGUGUUUUAGGACACCAAAAAGUGCUGGCCCCAGAAAAGCAAUGCCACGUCGAUUGCAGGUAAGAAAACGUUCCAGUGUAAUGCUGUAAUUUCGAUGCACUCACGUCAGGCUUUUAGUCAGGGAAUCUGACAAUAAUCGUCCACGAAUUUUUAGGUCUCAAAAUGACAUGUUGAUUUUAGCUCGGUCAAAAUCUGUUUUUGACAGGUCAUUAGUACGCAAACACGGCCUAAUGAAAAGCAACGAAAACCUUGUAAACAUUUUAUAGUUGAUUACCUUCCAUUUAUAAAGAUGUUUUAAUAAUGAUAAUGAUAAUAAUAACUAACAAUGAAACAAGUAAUAACGAAUUUUAAAGAUUUCCCGAGAAAUCUUUAGUUUAUAGUAUGGAGCAGGUAGGGAGGGCAAGUACGUACACUUUGAACUAAGAUAUUUGAAAAUUUGUAUGUCUUGAUGUUUGUGGUGUUACUCUGAGUGUGCAUCCACACCGGACAAGCUGAAAAGUUUGCCUGACCGCGGUGGGAAUCGAACCCGCGACCUUUGGGAUACUAGUCCAGUGCUCUACCAACUGAGCUACGUGGUCAAGUCGGUUCGCAGGGCUCGAAAUAACGUUCCCAACGUUCCCGAUCAUGGUGAUCGGCAAUCACGACUUUUUGCCGAUCAAAUAAAAAUCUGACCGAUCAGGAGCAUUUGCCUGAGUUUCCUUGAAAAAGUUCUAAAUAUGCCAAUACACAUCUGAACAGGAAGUUUAACUUCAUUUCAAAUUCAAGUUUAUUAAAUCUACGACAUUUAUAGACUUAUAUAAUAAAUACCAAUAGUAACAGAGUAACACUUUUCAAGUUUUAAUUAAUUAUAGUUAUUGCAUUUUUUCACACAAAAGCAAGAAACUCAGCAGCAUUAUCAAUUAAGAACUAAAACUUAUUAUUUUAUAUUAAAAGAGAAAAUCCUACUACUUUUCACAUGUUUUUGAAUGUGUUUUAUAUUACUUUUAUCUGUCUUUUACCGCAUACAGGCAAGCAUGUCUUUCAGACAAUGGUCAAAUAUAUUUCUUGCCGAUCAAGAUGAACGGCAACGUUGCUUCUUCGCCGAUCAAAAACAAUUUCCUGCCGAUCAUUGAUCGUUGAUCAGCCGUUAUUUCGAGCCCUGGUUCGGGUUGAUGAUAUUUCGGAACUGAGUCUAGUUCCUUCGAUAUCAAUGAUAUUCUAAGAUAUGAUCCUUUUUGUGUGUGUUGGUGUUAUGUACUCAGGUGAAUAUGAUGUUUACGAUGUUACUCUGAGUGUGCAUCCACACCGGGCAAGCUAAAAAGUUUGCCUGACCGCGGGGGGGAAUCGAACCCGCGACACCUUUGGGAUAGUAGUCCAAUGCUCUAGACCAACUGAGCUACAGACCCUCUUCCCAUCGUUGUUCGACGAGUUAUUAGUAGCAGGAAAAUUCCAAGGUACCGAUUUUCUGGAAAAUUGAUAACAACAAGUAUUUUAAUCACUUUCUUGAAGUAAUCACUUUAAGGUGGUAAGUGAAUACUGCAGUGCAAGUCUUCGCGCUUCGGUGAAUAUCCUUGCACUAUUUACCUCCACUUCGAUGAAUAAUUGUUAAAUAUCAGUCGUAUCCAGUAAUUGUUUAAUACUUAAUAUUUGUAGCCACCAGCUGCGCCAUCGUAUUAUAACGAAGCGUAUAGUGAACCUGUUCUUCGAGCUUCAAAGAUCUCAACUCCACCUCCUUUGGUGUCUAAAGCAGCGAAAGAGAGGAAAGCAAUAACGCCUCAGUCAUCAAAUGUUUUCAAACAAGAGGUAAAGAUUGAAAUGAAAGAUGAAGAAGAAUCAAUGGAAACAGCUUGUUUUAAUGGCGAUGAUGGAGUCAUGGAUUAUGCUGGUGGGUAUUGCUGUUUACUAAAUAUCUACAUAGAUGUUUCAUAGAGAGAACAUUCUAGAUACGUGGCACAGUGCGAAGUCAGGGGCGGCGCUAGACCUCUUUGAAUGAGGGGUGUAAGUGAAUUUUGCCGAGUUAUCAAGGCAAAUUUUGCCGAGUCACUACAACCACUAAUUAAUACUUCUUUCCCCACAAUUGUUGGCCAGCGUUGUUUGAGGGCCAAAGUUGAGGGGGGACGCAACAUCAAAAAUGUCCCGGACAGCAUAUUUGUUCAUCUUAUUUUACCGUUGUUCGUUCCAUUUUUUCCUAACUUUUUCGUAAAUUUCUCCACAUUUUAGCUAUCAUUCUUAAUUUUUAAUCGGUGUCACUCAACUAUUUUAUUUUUUCCCUUCCUAUCCAAAUCCAUGUUUUGCCGACUGAGAUUCAAUAUUUUGCCGACUACCUGAUGACUGGGAGGGGGUGUUCUACCCCCCACACCCUCCUCUAGCGCCAGCCAGCCCUAUACGAAGUCCGUGUAAGUUGAAUAUCUUGCUGGGCGCGGGUCAUGUAGGCUAUGGCUGCUGCUUAAAGUACUGUAAUGCUGCUUGUGGUAAUCAUGAAUGCUACUUACCGCCAUCUCUCUAUUAACUGUUAACCCCCAUAGAUACGGAAAUCUAUUAAACCUCCCUCUUUUAAUCCCCCCGCUUUAUCACGUCCCCUCUCUAUUGAGCCCUUUAUAUUUCUUUUAAGCUCCCAUUUGCACAAAAACGCACGUGUUUUGAUUGGAUUGAUUGAUUCUCUAAUAACCCCCCCCCCCAAAGGUUCCUGAUAUAGCCUCCUCCACAGGCAUCUAUUUAGGGUUAGGGUCGAAACCUAAACUCUUAUCACCCUAACCCUAGACUGUAAGAUUACGACUAAUGGACUGCGUUGCAUUUAAGAUUAGCGGUUUUGCAUUUUCAUAUUUCUGAGAGAGAGAGAAAGGAAAAGUUUAUUAAAAUUUUCACAUCGCAGUCCGGGGACUGAAUUACGUGUCAAUUACAAAGUAAUUUAAAUCCUACUUCUACUAACUAUUAUGCAUGCAAUACUAAAACUUACAUUAGAAUAUCGAUAUGUAUGAAUUAUAUUAAGAAUAUGAAUUAUAUUAAAAAUAUCUACUAUAAAUAUUUAUUAGGGUCUUAUCGUUGAACUUUUGAAGCGUAAUAGUUAAUAAAACUGUCUUUAAAACGAUUCGUCUUCAAAACCGGCAAGUCAUAUUUUGAAGUGGACCUAAGAUUUAUAUUAUUUGAAUUUAGUGGUGGUAGUAAAUCCGCUAAUUUAUGGUUAUUGUUAAUCGAUACUGAGUUAAAAAGUUCUCUGCAUAGUCUGUCUCUUCGAUCCGCCAAGGAUUGUAGGCCUGUUAAUUUUAACGCGUCACCAUAACGUUCCUCUGGGUAGAGCAUGCGAAGAGCUCGUUUCUGUAUUCUUUCAAUUUGAUUAGACAAAUACUCUGGCAAAUUGCUAUGAAAUGUCUGGCAAGCAUAUUCUAGAGUUGAUCGGAUGCACGUACAGUAGAAUUGCACUAAAGCAUUUACGUCCACACCUGCUCUUUUUAAUAUUCUUAGAAGAUACAGCCGCUUUGAUGCCUUAUGGGUAAUCUCGGUUACAUGAUCAUUCCAUUUAAGAUCUUCCCUAAUAGUUACACCAAUUAUUUGCACAUUGCACGACUUCACACAUUUUGCAGAUUGCACGACUUCAAAAGAUAGGUCGUUGACAGUUAUUGGGUCGUCUAUAUGUCGAUGUCUAGUCUGUUUCACUCGAUCUAUUCUAUCGUAUCCUCGCCUGCCAGGCGAUUGAAACUUUUAGCAGCUCAGACGCAAGAUGGCCAAAACCUUACAUAGAACUUGUUUCGCUUAACUUGUUUGUUUCUAAAUAACAUUCUCAGCAGAGGACACUCAUGAGAAUAACGAAAAUAUCGAGGAAGAUGUUAAGCCGAAUGUUGACGGUGACAAUGGUCUGGAUGUUAUGGGAGAUUUUGCUGUGGAUGAUUUUGAUACGGAAGACAUGGAAGCACUAGAUGCCGUGGAAGAGAAGGCCUUAAAAACUGAAAAAGUAAGUUCUAAACAAUCUUGUCAAUUUCCAUACUACCCUAAGUUGAUAUAACACGAAACUGCUUAUUUUCUUAAACAAAAAAACUCUUAAAGUGUCACUAACCGCAAAUAUAAUUUUUGGUAUGUGCAAUACUUGGGUCAUUCGAAGAAGAAACGUAAUUUAUCUUUAUAGUAAAAAACCUCAUCUUGAUCAACUUUCUCACUGUCAAAGUUUCCGGAUAUGAUGUCAUUAGGUGAAUAUUUGGUACAGAAAACAAAGGAAAACUAAUUUGCAAUUCACAUAAUGACAUCAUAUCCGCAAACUUUGUCAGUGAAAGGUUGAUCAAGAUGGAAUGAUCUUGCUAGAAUGCCUCGUAAAUUUUAUUGCAAAAUGCAAAUUGAGUGAAUUUGCAAUCGGAUUUUGUCACAGCAAAAAAAUGUAUAAUGUGAGAAUUUUUUUUGUGAUCUGACCAAUGUCCGAUCAAAAUUACUUUUGCUCGGACAUUUGCCAAAUUUAGUCGCACAUUGUCCGACAGUAAUUUGCAGCCCUGGAUCACUAUUGUUUUGUGAAACCAAUCAGCGGUGCUGAAAAAUGUCCGGCAGCGCCAGCAGCUCCGCUUCCAGUUCCACCUGUAGUGGUCGGGUUUCCAGAAUUCCAGUCACAAAUGGGUAUAAUACAUGUACAUUUUGUUUUAGAAAGAGGAAAAUACACAGAGUAAAAACAGAGGAGCUUCCGAUUUAACUAAGGCAAAGUAUGCAACUAUAAUACUCCCGUAAUGUUCUAUUGGACAAACUAUUAUGUUUACUAUUUAUGUCGUAUUAAACUACACAACACAUAUAUGGAAAUUUAAAAAAAAAAUUCUAAAUUUUAUAACUUGCCAGAAUCCAGUUUGACAGUAUUCAACCAGGCGAAGCUUUUGAAACCAUAAGAGGACAGAUGCAUGCCAAUCCUAAUGAGGUAACGUAAGCCGUAUAUUAUAUGAGAUUAUUUUCUUUAUAUGACCCUAUCGUUUGCAGGAAACUACAUAUUGCGAAAUGAUGCGUUGAUGGUGUUCGUUGUUUGAUGGUGUUCGUUAAAUUUUGCAUUGCUUUUGAAUUUUAUUUGCCAGCGGUCUUGAAUGCGAUAUUUGCUUUUCAGGAAUUUAAAGAAAUCAGCGUGGAUUCAUCAUCUUUGAAUCUCACUACGAAUGAAGAAGGUGAGAAUGUAGUUCUGGUUGUAAUUUCAUAUCCUGUAACCAGGCGUAGAAAGUACUUACGCGCACCGUAUAACCCCAUGGGCCGGUUGUUCGGUUGACCUGAAAUUCAAAGCGAACUUCCCAACUGCUUAUUUAUAGAUUUGGAAAUAUUUCUUUAGAAAUUUUGUCUGGAUCAGAAGAAGUGUUCUUCUCUGAAGUUUUAAAAUAACUACGUGCAGAAAUACAUAAACUAAAACAGCAGGUUUUAACCCAGGGUUAGCGCUAAUCCAGCUCAUAACAACCGACUCCAUAACCCUAACCGUAAAUGUAGGUAUAUAACCAGGCUUUUAGUCAGGAUGUCAAAAGUAGCCGUCCAAUACAGUACUGUAGGUUACCAUGGGUGUGGUUACUUACUGUAGUUCAUGGGCAUUGGUAAAGAAACAUGGCGCUUGAAAUGGCUUGUCACAUACUCAGAAUUGAGCGUGUAUUUUUCGUCCAGAAAAUUUCGAAAUGGAUCAAUAGCUAUAUAAAGUAAGCAGGAGCGGACACGUUUUGGGUGAUCUAUGAACUGUUAAUUCUAAUUCUAUCAGAAUGAGUAUAUCAAACGUUUUCUAAUACAACACUCAAAUGACUCAGUUACAUAAAGAACGUUUUAUACAAUAAAUUUAUCGACAGUCACCUUUUGGUUCAUUUUCUUGCAUAAUACUACUUCUUGCACAUGUAGACUAUAAUUAUUUCUAGUCACAUUCAUUAUUCUGCUUGUAUUUUCACAGAAAAGGCAAAACAUCCAUGUCGCUCCUUGUUGCUUCCAUUUUGAGUUUUUGACAACAUUCGGAACACUUGACACCACGUUCGCAAAGCAAAUUUCAGUAAGGAUGACGCAUGCGCAGACGUUUUCCGCGGUGUUGCCUAUAUCUUUUUCUUGAAGCCAAAUCUUACCUCCAGACACGCGUGUCAUGAUUGACUGAUUAAGCGCUCUUCGCAUGCGUGAAAAGACUGGGACUAGCCUUCAUGUUUGGCUUCAAAUUUCCGGUUGGAGGUUCCGUUCCAGUUAUAUUCAUUUCAAUGGGGUUCCUUACCUCAUGCAUGUAUUAAACAGGAAUGAAAAAUAAAAGGAAUUUGAUGAAAAAUGUCGGCAGAGUUAAACGCCGGCGUUGCAAGUUGUUGCAAAAAUUGUCUGGUGUAACACGGCAUUUUUUGAAGUUGUAUUUUACGUUCACAUUGUACAGGAGAGAAACUGUUCAAGAUGUAUUGGUUUGAUGCUUACGAAGAUAGCUAUGCACAACCAGGUAGCGUUUUUAGUUAUUAAAGGCUUAUUGUCUGAAAUAGAGAGGACUUUAGUUACUACGUUUGAUCCAUGCAUGCAACUGUUCUGAAAUUUUUAUUUUCAAAAUUUUAUUUUCAAACAAUGAAGAAUCAUCAAGUAAAAAUGUUUACAAGUAUAUAUACCAGCAACCUCAAAAAUGUCUACUUUUUUGUGUAAAAGAUUAAAGAUUUCUGAACCUUUUCAAGAUUCAGAUUGUUUGAUAUGCUGCAUCGGACAUGCAUACUCUCGUGAUCAAACCAGGGGUGGAUUUAUAGGGGGUUGCACAGGGAUGCGCACCCCUGUUGACCUUGGUCAACAGGGGUGCAAGGGGGGGGGGGGCGGUGUGCAAAAAAAAUCAAAUUCAGAAAUGUGGCAUAAUUUCCAAGGUUUUUCCUUUUUUGAAGUCAAACUGAAGCUCAUAAUUCAAUGCCCAUAUCGCAGGAAAUGGCAUUUCUAGGGUUAACAUUUUCCAGGAGCAUACCCCUGGAUCUCCUAGGGAGCUCGCGCGAGCCCGAGUUGUUCGGAAGCCAAUUCAUUUAAAUGCUCUCCCACCACCCCCUAAAGAAUUAUAAAGAAAUACUCGGCUGCUCACCCAGCAGCCCCCUAGAAAAACCUUGCUGGAUCCACCCCUGGAUCAAACAAAAUGAAAUAUAUAUUUAAAAAUAUUUUUAAAAAUAAGUCGAUACAAUGUUGCGGUUAGUUUCACUUCCAAUACACCCUUUUCAUAAAUGGCUGCCGAUUGAAAAUUAUGUGCAUAUAAAUUGGCCCAACUAGCCUCGUUUCUGAGUAGCGGCAGCCAUUUAUGAAAAGGGUGUAUUGAAAUGGAUUUUGCUGCAUGGUUAUUUACAUAUAUAAUAUGUAUUUAUCCACCUUUUGAACGAAAUAGGCUUCGUGUGCAACUGGCUCAUGUAGUAGUUAACUGUUAAGUCAACGUAAACAUGCACAGGAAAGCUCCUAGUAUACAACGAUUUACAAUCAUAUGUGGGCCAGCCCGGCUAGCCAGGAUGAAUCGUGUCACGAAGAUUUUUCCUGACCAUAAAAUGUCGUUGGAAUGAACUUUAUUAACUGUUACUGGAAUCAAACUAAACUAAGCUAAUUCAACUUGAAACCUCAUUUUGGAUGUUUAUCAAAGCCAUGAUGAGAGCUUUAUUCUAAACGAAUCAUCCCAACUACAACCUGGCCAGCCCUGGUCCAUAUUAACAGCCCCUUACUUGUGAUUUUUGCGAAGCAAUUUAUUAAGGGUUUCAGUUCUCUAAGAGAUGUUGCUGUAAAUUACUAUAGGAACUGUCUUCGUGUUUGGAAAAGUAUGGGUUGAUAGUGCCAAAAGUUACGUCAGGUGAGUUUGAGGUGUUGUACAUGCACACUGAUGGCUUAUACAACCUUUAACACCGUUUUCUAUUACGGUCGCUUUGCCCGCGCAAGACGAGUCUCGAACUAGUGAGCUCUAUAUAUCUGGGGCAAAAACUUCAGUCAUUUGACCUAUGGAGCCAAGAUGGCGGAAAUUGAUGUCAAAGAGCUAUGGAGGUCGUAAACACAAGUUACUUUCAGGACCGCCGAGAUCUUUUCGGGCACCCGGGGCGAAAAAUAUUUCGGGGGCCCUGUUCGUUCUCCUCCCCUCCCUCCUUUCACCAACUUUUUGUCCAUACAAAAUUUCGGUACUUUGCCCAAAAAACAGAAAUGUUUCGCCCGAAAAAUGACUGAGGCACCCCAAAAAAUGACUAGGGGCAGGGGAAAUCCCCCCCCCCUCUCGGCCGGCCUGGUUACUGCAUCAGUUUAUAAAACCAUUGUGUGAUUCUUUUAAUCGAUGACAAAAUCGGAAAUUUCGGCACACUCCUUGCCAGCUUCGUGUUAACCGCGCAGAUAAAAACAAUAGAAAGGGACUGGAACUGACGUCAAAUAGCUCUUCGAUUUCCGCCAUAUUGUCUUCACUUUUUUUGGACUUGAGAAUUCUCGCUCCAUUCUAUUCUUUCGCUUUUUAAUAGCUGCUGUGUUAUCGUGAAGAACAUUGAAAGAACGUUAUUUUUCCUACCUCGGGACAAGGUAUUGUACCCACGAGGUUGUCGCGCAUGACAGACACAUAGAUAUAUUAUUUGACUAUUUGCUCAAAUGGAGAUUGGCUAUCUUCGAAACACUCGGCAUCCCAAGCCCUCUGAAAACGUCUUGUUUCGUAAAAUGUUUUAUUAACAACAAAAUUUCGUUGUUAAAUAGUGAGUCGAACGAGUCAACCUAGAAUUGACCAUUUGCGUAAUAGACUAAAUUUUGAUCUCAACAAAAAUUUCAUUACAGCUUGAAAGAGUAUCACAAAAUUAGUAAUAUUCCAAAGUUUCGUUGCGAAAUGUUGUAAAAUGCGGAAAAUAUAGCCUUGCGAAAUUUGCAAUUUUCAGUCAUUUUAGAUUACAAACCGGAAAUUGACAGCCUCGAAGGGUUUGGGGCUGUCAAUUCCCCGUUUGUAAUCUAAAAUGACUGAAAAUUGCAAAUUUCGCAAGGCUAUAUUUUCCGCAUUUUACAACAUUUUGCAACGAAACUUUGGAAUAUUACUAAUUUUGUGAUGCUCCUUCAAGCUGUGAUGAAAUUUUUGUCUAGACUUGUUUAGUUCAAAAUUUAGUCUAUUACGCAAAUGGUCAAUUGGUAAAUACUGUAACUAAAAACUUUAAGUAUCUUUAUUCCGAAAUUCUUAAAUUUUUAUCGGAAAUGAGAAUAAUUUCUAUAUCAUGCAGGCAAUGAUAAAUUUUGUACCCAAUUCUUAAUGGUGGAAAAGUGCGGUAUCGACAGACCAUUUUAAAACCAUCGUUUUUGACUAUUUUUAUUGCAAUGUUACAAAAAAGAUGCUGUAUCAUUGGACAGCUACAGUAGAUCUCAAACGUUUAUUGGUUUGGAAAAAGUUGAUCUAUAGACCUAACACAUGACUUGUCAAAGUUUGAUGACUUUUUUGAUAACAGCCUAAUGUUAGGCUACUACCAAAAUUAGCCGACUUGACUAAAUUACUGUACAUCGUAAGUAAAUAUAAUGCUCAAGGUACAUGCAGGUAUACCGUACAUAUACAGAUCACGUCGUAGUUUCUGAGUGCGUACGAUUAUUAUUUAUACGAGGUGUGAAGAAUCGAUGCAGACGAACGAGUCCAUGAGUGCAGCGACUUCACUAAACCGGGCGCCAUGUUUAUAUUUAAUUAUGAAAGCGCCAAAAGAACAUUGCGACGGCAGAAAAUACUAGCCGAUAAAAAUGCUAUGACGAUUAUUCCGCUCAACAUGUGAGAAAAAUCGGCUGACCGAUCAAGACGCUAAGACGAUUUCAUGUGUGAAAAAUGUCUGUCAUUGGGAUAUGAUUUUUGUUUCAGCUGUCGAUUUACUGCUGCACGGAGCAUCUCUAUAGUGAUUUACGUAAUAUAUUAAGAUUUGGGGCAUCUCACUUGAUAUACCAGUGGAAAUUUCGAUUGGAUUUUUAUACAUUUAUUACACCUAACCAGGAGCGAAGAAUGGCGACUGCGAAAAAUCGUAACUGCUCCUGGUUAGAUAAACGUAUAAAAUUUCGUCUCGAAAUUUCCAUCUACAAAUCCCUUCGAAAAUGUGAUAUAUACACGCAGGUAAUAAUAACUGUAGUAUUUAAUGUAAUGAUUGUUUUAGAAACUUGCUCCAGAUGGAACAGAGAUCGAUGAGACUGUUGGAUUCACUGAUGUGUACCAGGUGCGUUUUACUUUGAUCGCGGUGAAUAGCAGAAAGGGAAUGCCAGAGAGGGAAACUCAGAGUUUGCUUUAGGGUUAGAGUAAGAUUUAGGAUUUUUGUAAGGAUUUGGGGCAUUUCACUCGAUGGAAUUUUUAUAUAUUUUUAAGACCUAACCACAUCGGCCCUCUGACAGUAAUCUAACCUGCGGCCCUGCGAUUCCUGUGCCAGUUUCCCUACCGACCCUAAUGUUGUUUUGGAUGUGGUCAGGGCCGGAUUAACGUCGCGCGAGGCCCGUGGCAGAUUUUAGCGCGAGGCCCCAACCCCCCGUUAUGAAAACCUUUGAAUUCAAAGACACACAAAAUUGUUAAGUAAUUGCUUUCAAUAUUUCAAUUGAUUGGCAUCAAUUGUAAACAAUUGCCUGCCUGGCCCAGUUGUUGGGUCAACAAGUAUAAACAGGAUCAUAUAUAACAGAUCAGCGCAACUGGAGAUUACAUGCAUACGAGUAUUGUAUAUUUUCCUGGGGGUAAACUGCCAAUCCUAGGGGCCCUAAAUGCGCGAGGUCCCUAAUUCGCGAGGCAUCUAAAUUCGCGAGGCACCUAAAAUGGGCGUGUCCCAAUAGAAAAUAGGCGUGUUCUCGUAAAAAUGGGAGUGGCACAGUAAAGCGCGAGGCCCCCAUAAGCGCGAGGCCCGCGGCAUAUGCCGCAUCUGCCACGUGGUUAAUCCGGCCCUGGAUGUGGUUGGGUUUAUUUACCUACCGACCCUUUUUUCCUGGCUGCUCGCUUUAUGAUACAACGUGCAUGACGCCAAAAAUGGCGCCCAUUGCCCACAGUUAUUGCUUCUUGAAAUGUUUAUGUGUUGUGACGAUGCCAGCUGAUCACACUCUGCCAUUGUUGGCCAAUGUCAACUGCCAAGCAAAAAGAUUUUCAAAAAAACUUUUUCCGACCUGUGUCUCGGUUAUUGAUUGUUAAAGGUUUUAACGAUUUUGAGAAUUACAGUAGUAGCUGUCAGUGUUCAAACCUCUGUAACGCCCAUCCUUUUUGGCAACGAAUGGCCUAAAAUUCAUACAGUAUGUUUAACAAUUGUGAUUACAGGAAUUUAACGACGACAUUGCUGAUAGGUACAAAAUUAUGAAGUUUUCUGCGAGG